UGUCUAGGCAUACUGUAUAUACACAGAUGUAAACAUACAUAAAUUAGCAUAGAAGAAACACCAAAACCAGAAACAUCAUCAAAUAAUACAAUCCUAACCAUCUUUUCUUAUUUAUUUUCUCUAAAAAAACAUAUUUUUCUGUCUUUAAUUGAUAAAGAUUCAAGGCCUUCAUCAGCGAUCCGAUUGAUUGUUUUCUGUUUCUGGGCUGCCACUAUUUGGGAAUUUGAUUCAUCUCUGAUCUGGAAAUGGUUGAGCUGAAUGUUAGAUUCUGGGCUCUUGAAUCGUUGAAUUGUUGAUGGGUUUUUGAGGAAUUGGAUUAAAGUUUGAUGCUUGAUUGUAAUUUGAUAGUUUAGUACUAUAUUGCUGAGUAGUGAUGGUUGAUUUGAGGUGAAUUUCUUGAAAGUUUGGUUUUUUUAUUGUUUUUUGUGGUGAGUGAUGCAUAAUAUGGAGGAUGGUGUUGGAUCUGGUGAUGGAUCAAGUGAUGUUAUAAAGAAGAAGAGCUCGUCGGGUUGUUUGAUUAUUAAGAAGAAAGGGAAUGGAGUGUUGGGUUUUAGUGGUUCGGGUUCGAAGAAGGUGCAUGAGUCGAGCAAUGAAAAGAAGAGAUCUAGGUUGGUUGAUGCUGAGUCUGAGUCUAGUGAUGAAUUGGUAGAGCCUGUUAAAAGGAAAGUGAAGGAAGAUAUUAUUUACGAGAGAAGGAGAAGUGCAAUCGAUGUGGAAGAGGCGAUGGCUGGUUUUGGAAGUGAGAGAAAGAGAAGUGGACUUGAUGUGUUUGAGUUUGAUGAAUAUGAUGGAUUCGAUGGUAAGAAAAUGAGGAUGGAUUAUAUGGAUGAUUGGUCUAAGGGAGUUGGACGUAGUGGGAAUUACCGGGAUUUUGGGGCUGGGGCUAGUAGAAAUGUUGUUUACAGGAGUGAGGAUAAUGAAAAAGGUAGCAUGUCCAGGGUAAAGGAUAAGGUAUUGCAUUACAGUGGGAAGGGUAGGUACGAGGAGGAUGGCGAUGAUGAUGAUGAAUCCCAUUUACCUAUCUCAUUUCUGAAAGAGAAGUAUCGGGAAGCGCCCAAUGAUCGUAUCAGGCUACAGGGAAAAAAUGGUGUGUUGAAGGUAAUGGUGAAAAAGAAGAAGCAGGGUUUUCGUGAAAAAGGUUCUGAUUACCCGAGAGGUGACGAAAGAAUGGGAUCUAGGUCUGAAGCUGCGCUCAAGAAGAAUGAAGUGAAAAGACCUGCAUUUUACUCAGAUUCAAAACGACCAAGAAAACCAGUUUCACCUAGGUCAGAGAAAAGUCACAAGAAGCCACGAAAAGCAUUGCCAAUUUUGAGUAACAAGGCUGAAGACUCUGAAACAGAUGACAGUGAUAAGUCACUAAAGCUGGAACCAAUGAGCAAGCAAACUCAGAGGUCCAAGAAGGCAAUCAAAACUGAACAUAAGAAACUUACGCCCACUGAAAUUUCGACUCCACCCAGUGGAGGCAAGGAAAGCAAAGUUACACGUGGUAAUGGUACAGAAAAACAGUUGUUGCGGGAAAAGAUAAGAAGUAUGCUUCUUGAUCGUGGUUGGAGGAUUGAUUAUAGACCAAGAAGGAACAGAGAUUACCUAGAUGCAGUGUAUAUUAACCCUGCUGGAACUGCUUAUUGGUCAAUUAUCAAAGCUUAUGAUGCACUUCAGAAGCAGUUGGAAGAAGAAGAAGAUAAAGUUAAACCUUGUGGUGAAUCUACUUCAUCCACUGCUUUACCAGACGAAAUAAUUAGUAAAUUGACAAGGCAAACCCGUAAAAAGAUUGAGCGGGACUUGAAAAAGAAGAAAAGGGAUGCUGGUCGUGUAAGAAGUGCCAAGGAAGUUACUCUGACCGAGUCUGCUAAUGGCACAGACAGUGACCAACAGGAAGAAAAACUUAGCUCUUAUAGGAAACAGAGUCACAAGUCACUGAAAGGCAAAAUGCAUGAAGCAGAUCAUGCUGCUGAAAGUGAUUCGAGUGGUAGUUUGUACAAGAGGAAGGCAAAGCAAGACAUGGCUGAAAAAGAAUCUGCUACUGACUCUCAUAUGAUACAAGGAAGGAAAAGUAAGAAAAUUGGCAGGUGUACAUUGUUGGUUCGCAGUUCGGACAAUGGCCUGAAUUCUGGAAGUGAUGGCUAUGUUCCAUGUACCGGAAAGAGAACCCUUCUCUCUUGGCUGAUUGACUCUGGAAUUGUGGAUAUGAGCGAAAAAGUUCAAUAUAUGAACCGUAGAAAGACGAGAGUGAUGUUAGAAGGUUGGAUCACGAAGGAUGGGAUACAUUGUGGUUGCUGUAGCAAAAUUCUUACCAUCUCAAAGUUUGAGAUCCAUGCAGGAAGCAAACAGCGUCAACCUUUCCCAAACAUGUUUCUGGAGUCUGGAGUUUCUCUGAUGCAAUGCCAAAUAGAUGCCUGGAACAAACAAGAAGAAUCAGAACGAGAAGGCUUUCAUCAUGUAGAUGUUGAUGGCAAUGAUCCGAAUGAUGAUACCUGUGGUCUUUGUGGUGAUGGUGGGGAUCUGAUCUGUUGUGAUGGUUGCCCAUCAACUUUUCAUCAAAGCUGCUUGGAUAUAAAGAUUCUCCCAGCAGGUGAUUGGCAUUGUCCAAAUUGUACAUGUAAAUUUUGUGGUUUUGCUGGUUGCAGCAAUGCUAAAGCAAAUGAUAGAACCGACAAUUUACUUCUUCGGUGUAGCCUUUGUGAGAAAAAAUACCAUCAAUCAUGCUGCGAAGAUGAGGUUGAUUUAUCUGUUGAUUCAGGAGGUGCAGCGAACUCGUUUUGUGGGAAGAACUGUCAAGAGAUUUUUUCACAUUUGCAGAAGCUUCUUGGGGUCAAACAAGAGUUGGAAUCGGGAUUUUCUUGGUGUUUAGUUCGUCGAAUGGAUUCCGCCUCAGAAAUGUUGCACCUUGGAUUUCCUCAAAGGGUAGAAUGCAAUUCUAAGCUUGCUGUUGCUUUAUCUGUCAUGGACGAGUGCUUUUUGCCAAUUGUUGACAGGAGAAGUGGGAUCAAUCUAAUCCAUAAGGUUCUUUACAAUUGCGGAUCAAACUUUAGUCGCUUGAACUAUAGUGGCUUUUAUACAGUUAUUUUGGAGAGGGGUGAUGAAAUGAUGUCUGUUGCAUCUAUCAGGAUCCAUGGAAAUCAGCUAGCCGAGAUGCCUUUUAUUGGGACCCGCCAUAUCUAUAGACGUCAAGGGAUGUGCCGUCGGUUAUUAUCAGCUAUCAAAUCGGCCCUCAGGAAGCUUAAAGUUGAGAAGUUGAUUAUACCUGCUAUUGCUGAACACAUGCAAACAUGGACUAAAAACUUUAAAUUUAGUCCUUUGAAGGGAUCUGACAAACAAGAAAUGAGGUCCAUGAAUAUGUUGGUGUUUCCUCGUACAGAUAUGCUACAGAAGAUAUUGGUAAAGCGAGAAAACAUGGAAGGAAGCACAAGUAAUCAUUCAGGUUCACCGUCCACCGAAUUGAAGGAUAAUUGUCUUUUAUUGCCAGUUUCUGGUGAAAAAUCUGAACUCGAUUCAUCUCCUGACCAUGAUCCCCAUACGGUAGACAACACUGAAGUGCAGCCUUUGACAAAGAACACUAACAAAGCAACUGCUGCGGUUCCUGCUUUAGAAACUCCAACUCUUGCCAUGAAUGAUAUUCCUGAAUUAUGUAAUUCUUUAGUUCCCUCUCGUGAAACUAAACAUGAAAAUUCUGAACUUGAUUCAUCUCCUGGGCAUGAUCUCCAUAUGACCGACAACACUGAAUUGCAGCCUUUGGCCGAGAGCAAUAACAAAGCCACUGCUCUGUUUUCUGCUUCAGAAACCCCAGCUCUUCCUAGAAAUGAUCCCGCGGUAUGUAGUUCUUUAGUUUUCUCUUGUGAAGCUAAAGAUGAUAAAUCUGAACUUGAUUCAUCUCCCAAGCACAAUCCCCAUACAAGGGUGGCCACUGAAUCACAGCCUUUGAUCGAGAGCAGUGACAAAGCCACUGCUUUGGUUUCCGCUUCAGACACCCCAACUCUUGCUGCAAGUGAUAUUCCUGCAAUAAGUAGUUCUCUACUUUCCUCUUGUCAACCUAAACAUGAAAAUUCUCAACUUGAUACAUCUCCUAUGCAUGAUACUCAUAUGAGCGACAACACUGAGUUGCAGCCUUUGACCGAGAGCAGCGAGAAAGCCGCUGCUGAAGUUUCUGCUUCAAAUGUUCUUGUGGUAGGUAGUUCUUUAGUUUCCUCCUGUGAACCAAAACAUGAGAAAUCUGAACUUGAUUUAUCUCCUGAGCAUGAUCCUCAUAUGGGCGAGAACACUGAAUUCCAGCCUGUGACCGAGAGCAGUGACAAAGCCACUGCUUCGGUUUCUGCUUUAGAAACCCCAACUCAAGCUGUGAAUGAUAUUCCUGCCGUAUGUAGUUCUUUAGUUUCCUCCUGUAAAUCUAAACAUGAAACCUCAGAAAUUGAUUUAUCUCCGGAGCAUGAUCCCCAUAUGAGCAACAACACUGAAUCGCAGCCUUUAACUGAGAGCAUUGAGAAAGCCGCUGCUGUGGUUUCUGCUUCAGAAACCCAAAUUCUUGCUUCAAAUGAUAUUCCUUUGACAAGUAGUUCUUUAGUUUUCUCUUCUGAACCUGCUACAGGGGAGACUUUUGCGACUAAUCUAUUAUCAGAUAACAAUCUAGCUGAAUCUAUUGUCAACUUGAGGUCUACAAGUCCUUUUGAUGAAACUUCCGGUACAAUUGCAGCUGAUAAUGAUGUCCCUAGUUCAUCUGUUACGGGUCACAUUCAAUCUUCUGAUUCAAAAGCAGCUUUAGUUAAAUCGGUUGAUGACUCUUCACGUGAAACUUCAGAAGGCGAUAUUGAAGAGGUUGCAACUGAUAUCCAGAAUUCUCUCUCUGUGCAAGAUCCUGUUUCUCAUGACAAAAGUGAAAGCACAGAUGUUGAUUGUGAUAUAAAUAAUCACAGUGCAGUUGACUUGAAUGAUACUUGUGAAGUCAAUGUAAACGAGACUCUCGUCAACCCUCCCAAGAUUGCUGUUGAGCCAUUAUCUGUAAAGGAUACUGUUGAGAUUGACACUCCAUGUGAAACUUCUAAAGCGAAUACAAUUGCUAUUCAGGAUCCUGUACAUGUACAUGAUUCUGUUUCUCAUGGCAAUGACACUGCGGUUGACUUGGACAAUACUUUUGAAGUUAAGGUUAGUGACACUUCUGUCAAUUCUCCCAAGGAUUCUGUUGAGCAAUUAUCUACAACAAAAACAGUUGAAGAUCUUGCUGCAAAUGGAACCAUCACCAUGUGCGAGGGAGGCAAUGUGGUGAACAAUACUACUGCAAUAGACGAGAAAGUUGCUGGUGUUGAACCUGUCACGGAUUCUUUCAGCAAAGCAGUGGCACAAAAUAAUAUGUCUCAAGCAAUUGGUGAAGGCCCUCCAGAAUCUGGUUCUGAGACUGUUGUGGUAGUUGACGAGAGGAAUGGAGACUUGAUAAACUCAGACAAAGGGGGUGAUGUAGGUGAUGUUCAAGAAGUAGAUGUAAAGGUUGCUUCUGUUGAUCCUAUUAUUGAAUCCAACACUUCGGCUGAGAAUAACACUUGCCAGACCCUCGACGAGAGCUCCAAAAACAUGACAUCCGAUCCAAUUGAUCGGAGUUUAGUUGAUGUAAAAAGUGAUUCACAAGUGACUCCAGAAGUCGCUUCAAACACAAUGCCAUGAGAGUAUUUGUAAAUCAAUUUUGGUGAAAUAAAUGCAUGCGCUAUUGAAUUGUGUUAAUGACUACACCUGCUCCAUAGGCACUCGGUCAAGCUCCAUCCGGAGAAGCUGGUUUACACUCUAUAUGGUGUGAUGUGGCAAGUUGUGAAGUUAAUCGGCACGCUUAUGGUCUGCUGUCCUUGAGUAAAGUUAUAGACUAGUAGUGCAUCACACUUUGUGCAAAUAGGUUCUGUUUUCAUUUGUUAACUGCAAUGUACUGUGAUGAUGAAAUUAAGAGGAUUAAUAGUACACCUUAUGCUGAUGGUUGAGCAUUUAAGCUUGUGAACUGUGCUAAACCUAAAAGAGAGUAUUUGUUCAA